AUGCUUCAGGACGACAGUAGGCGCGAGAGAGCUGAAUUAAGCAAGGAUAAAGAACAACCCUCGACCUCCAAGCUUGUUUCUGUCCCUCUCGUAUCAGGCCGAGUCAAAAAUGACCCUGUGCCGGAGCCCACUGACGUCAGAAGUUUACCUUCAUCACCACCGUCAAUAAUUCCAGCCUCGUCAAAAUACAACCUUCCGAAAAAUGAACCGAGUACCCCGGAAAGCGCUUUUCCUGCGGCAUACGACACCUUAAAAACAUUCCCGUCGGCUAUUGACCCCAUUCCUGGGCUAUCAAAGUCUCUUCUCGACGUGUAUGCGAGACCAUACGUCCCCUCCGAGCUGCGAUCUAUCAACGAAGAAGUGCCAGAUGAUGUAAUUAUCACCGAAAAGAAACACAAAAUCGAGUUCGGAGCGUACUCUCGGAAGUUUGUUGGGUCGGAGUUUCUAAACUACCAACCAUCUGUAGUUUACAAAUGGCCUAAAGAAGAACCGCCGAAAUCAACUGAGCUUACUGAGCAGUCAUACAUACAAUGUUUCGCAUCACUAUUGCAGCAGGAAAAUCUUGCAAGGGAACAAGAAAACGAGGGUUAUGCAUUGUACAAAGUCCCACUGCAAGCCAUACCGAGCCUCGACGACCACUACCUUUGGGCUUUGUCUAUCCCUGGGCUACGAGAAGAUAGCCCACUUGUUGAGCUGGGCGAUACUCUGCAAAUUCGCCACCUAUGGGUAGAUCACACUGGCAAUCUUGCCCCAGUACCCACACUGUUCCAAGCCGAUAGCAAAUCAUAUGUUGCCUACAAGUCUUGGACCGGUAAACAGUUUGAUGCUUCUGUGUACAACGUCAGCAGGGUCAUCGAGACUGCAUACUUAAGGAUAGACGGCCUUGCUCAACGUUCGCUGCACUAUGGUCAAAAUAUCCUGCCAAUAGCUGUAAAUGUGGUCUUCCCACUCAAGCAGAAUUUGCUAGCAGACCAGCGUAGAGCUUUACUAUUUUGUGGCCGAUGCCUCGAGGGAAUUACCCAGUACCGGAAAGAGAUUACGACUAACUUCAAUGGGCCUUCCAAGUCCUCAACUGAGUCGCAAUCUCUCCCAAUACCCUCAGCCUCGCUCCUUACCUCUCAGAACGACUGGAUUCGCAGGAUGUUAUUCCCAGCAGAAAUUGACGGAGAGUUUCAAACACAGCUGAGAAGAGUUCCCCACCGAGCACUGUUCGACCACGCCAUCAAUUAUGAGCAAGCUCAGGCUGUGGAUUCGGUAUGUGCUGUUGAUUAUGGAACUCUCCCCUUCAUCAUUAGUGGCCCACCUGGAACUGGAAAAACGAAAACGUUGGUAGAAGUCGCCAUGCAGCUCCUGAAUUCCACAGAUGUUGCGCACAUGCUAAUAUGUGCGCCUUCUGAAGCUGCAGCAGAUACUCUGGCGAUAAGGUUGAAGCAGUAUCUCACUUCAAAACAACUUCUUCGAUGCAACAGGCCAAACAGAGCUGAGAACGAAGUACCAAACGAACUGCUGCCAUACUGCUACAUGCAAGAUGGCAUGUUCUAUUUACCACCAUUCAAGGUACUCCUAUCGUUCAACGUCGUGAUCACAUCGUGUCGCGAUGCAGCCAUGCUUGCAGAGUCCCGACUGGCAAACGCAGACCUCUGGAACAUAGAGCAAGAGAUGAUGUCAGCUUUCCAUCCUGAAGGCAAACCAACAAUCCCUUCACUUCACUGGGGUGCCUUAUUGCUCGACGAAGCUGCACAGGCAACUGAGGUCGACGUCCUACCAGCCAUUAGCGUCGUCUGCCCGCCAGCUGCAUACCCUCAAGAUCAUGUGCAGCCGCGCUUUGUCAUGGCAGGUGAUGAGAAUCAACUCGGCCCACUCACCGCAUCUCGCGACUCUAAGUUCUCCACCUCCCUCUUCGCACGCCUCCUCACCCGGCCUAUUUUUUCUAACCAUCUACUCUCUCGCUCCAAGAUCAAACCUUCAUUAAGUCCACCCGUACUCAAACGCUCCAUGCUACCAAUUCUCUAUCCUCCUUUCACAAAUCUAAUCCGCAACUACCGCUCACACCCUGCAAUCCUCAGCGUGCCCUCCUCACACUUCUACCACGACACCCUCAUCCCAGGAGCGCCUCUCUGCAACACACCUCUCCAGGCAUCUUCCUUCUGGCGUGGUCGCAUGUGGCCUGUUCUCUACAUACCACACACCGGCCACGACGAAAUCGAGCGCGACAACGGCGGGUGGUACAACAUCAGCGAAGCGCGACUCGCGUGUUCCAUUGCGCAAAAACUGGUCUUCGAGUCCGGUGUGCUGCAGCCAGAUAUCUGCAUCAUGUCGCCGUUCGCGGCACAGGUCAAGCUCUUGCGCUCCAUAAUCAGGAGCGAGCGCUACGCCGGCGGGAUAGGGUUGUGGGACGUGAACAUCGGGCCCGUAGAGGCGUUCCAGGGGCUGGAGAAGAGGGUUGUGAUUAUCUGUACGACGAGGACGAGGCAGAGGUUCGUUGAGCGCGAUGUGAAGAUAGGGGCGGGGCUGGUCGAGCAGAAGAGGAAGAUGAACGUGGCAUUGACGAGGGCAAAAGAGGCAUUGUUCGUUAUUGGGAGUCCGGAGGUGUUGGGUGCGGAUGAGCACUGGCGUGCUUGGAUGACCUUUUGUUCAAGGAAUGGGUUAGUGGAUGACUCGCAGCAGGUGUGGAAAGACAGAGAGCUGUACAAAAAUGAAAAGGUUGGCGUGUUAGAGCGUGCUUUGAUCGCUCAAGCGGAUGGACUGCGCGAGAAGCAGUGGCCAUCUUUAGGUGCAGCUGCGGCUGGCUACGACAUAGAUGGAGGAGAGUACGAAGCUUGGGCUGAGGGCUUGCGGCAGGCAUUGGACGAAGAGGUCGAUCAAGAAGAGUAUGACGACGAGGCAGAUGGCACGCUGGAAGAGAACGGAGAGAUCAAGUGA